AUGACUGUCCAGGUAUACGAUUCUCCUGCCGGCAUUCCUCUCAACUCGAACUUCACCGUUGAGCUCAAGGGAGAGAACGGCCAGCGAUGGUUGCCGGUUCCUGUCUAUGCUGUAGAAGUGGCCAAUGCCAACAUCACCUCCAACGAGUUCAAUCGACAUACUGUUGCGCUCGCUUCAUUUGACUUCGACGGCCCCGUCCAAAUGCGAGUCACCUACACUGCAGGGCCAGUAACAUCUGCAGUCAUCCGGCCCCGUUCUGCGAACAUCGAAGCUCAUAUAGACGGUACCAUCAUAACAUUCUCUCUCUCCGCGUCUAGAGAUGUGAUGAUCGAGCUAAGCGGCAAUAAGUGGACGGCUCUCCACCUGCUCAGCAACAAGAUAGACUCGACUGCGCCGUUGCAAGACACCGAUGAUAUCUGGUACUUCGGACCCGGCAUCAACCAAGGGUCCGCCUAUCAACACGUCACCGACGGUGUCAAUCUGAACGUGCCAUCUGGAAAGAUCGUCUACAUCGCCGGAGGCGCCUUCAUCACCUGCCGACUCAAUUUCAUCAACGUAUCCAACUGUGCCGUUCGAGGACACGGGUUUAUCCUCGGGCCCGAGGGAGGCUAUGUCCACCGCGAACACGGCGGAGCUAUCCACAUGAGCGGAGCCAGCAACAUCAAAGUAGAAGGUGUCACCUCUCUAGGCGCAAAAGGAUUUAGUCUAUCGGCGGGCGAAUGCCAUGACAUCCACGUGGACCGAUACCGAUCGUUCUCGUCCGCCGGCAACAGCGAUGGAAUCGACUUCUUCUGCUCGUCAGACAUCGUCAUCGAGAACUGCUUUCUGCGCAACUCGGACGAUACCAUUGCGCUCUACUCGCACCGCUGGGACUGGUUUGGCGACUCGAGGGCCAUCCUAAUCCAAAACUGUGUAUUACUGCCCGACCUGGCACACGCGAUUAACAUGGGCACGCACGGGAACCCGUCCAGACCGGAAACAACCAGCAACGUGACGAUCCGGAAUGUCGAUAUUCUAGAUCACGAAGAGAACCAACUGUGGUAUCAGGGAUGCAUCGCCAUCAAUGCUGCGGAUAGGAACGAUUUCCACGAUAUCUUGAUUGAGAACGUGCGAGUCGAGCGGAUCACUCGCGGUCAACUAAUCAACUUGCGUGUCAUGCAGAACGCCAUGUGGACUACUGCUCCGGGGCGAGGCAUUCGAGACGUCAGGAUCAGAAAUCUGUCACUGGAUCUGCGAGACUCGAAGAGUGUGAAUCCGUCGAUUAUUUUGGGAUAUGAUGAGCAAUGCUCGGUGGAGAAUGUGACGUUUGAGAAUCUCCGGAUCGAUGGGAAAGUGAUCCAUGACGAGAUGGAAAAGCCGCGAUGGUACAUGACAGCUGACUUGGUUCCUUUGUUUGCAAACGAGCAUACCAAGGGUGUUAGAUUUAUUCUGUAG